CCGUCAGACUAGCUGGUUAGCAUCUAAUGCUAGCUAUCUCGAUUCUUUUUGAGCUGUUCAGGUGCAAAGUGUCUAUAGAAUGUAGCGGAGGUCGUCCUUUUCUUUAAUUAUUUUGUAUAGUCUUUACUACAAGAAGCUUGUCAGUUCGGAGUGAAUGAAGAAUAUGAAGCACAAUGGCUAAUCUUGAAGCUUAUCAGGAGUAUCAGAGGAUUGAGGACUUCGAGGAAGACUCCCCUCCAGGAGAGGAAGAUUUACUGCUGCAUGUACCUGAAAGUCUAAAAGACUCAUGGCAUCAUAUAAAGAACUUGGAUAACUUCUUUACAAGAAUCUAUCACUUUCACCAAAAGAAUGGCUUUGCCUGUAUGAUGUUGUCUGAAUUCUUUGAACUUGUUCAGUUUUUGUUUGUUGUCACAUUCACUACAUUCCUUGUCAACUGUGUGGAGUAUGAUGUCCUUUUUGCCAAUCGAGCAGUCAACCACACGGGACAAGGCCAAAACCCUUUGGACAGAAACAAAGUCACUUUACCAGAUGCUAUCUUACCAAGUCAUCAGUGCACCCAGAGUAUACAAGAGAACAGCUGGAUCAUCUUCCUUCUCAUCAUGGCAGCCAUCUUCUGGAUGUACCGUCUCGUAAAAGUCUUUUGCAAUCUUUUGAGCUUCUGGGAGAUCAGACAGUUCUACAUUAAAGCACUAAAGAUCCACAUGGAUGAACUAUGCAACUUCACAUGGCAGGAAGUCCAAGACCGACUCAUCAGUCUGCAGAGAGAACAGCAAAUGUGCAUUCACAAGAAGGAGCUGACUGAACUCGAUAUCUAUCACCGUAUUCUUCGUUUUAAGAACUACAUGGUGGCCAUGAUAAAUAAGUCUCUGCUGCCGGUGCAGCUGCAGCUCCCCCUGCUUGGCAAUGUGGUCUUCUUAACCCAGGGCUUAAAGUACAAUUUUGAGCUCAUUCUGUUUUGGGGCCCUGGCUCUCUGUUUCAAAACAAGUGGAACCUGCACCCCAAGUACAAGCGCAGUGGAAACCGCCUGGAGCUCGCCCAGCAGCUCAGCAGAGUCAUCCUGCUCAUAGGUUUGGCCAAUUUGCUGCUCUGUCCUUUCAUCCUGGUGUGGCAGGUGCUUUACGCUUUCUUCAGCUACACGGAAGUGAUCCGCAGGGAACCUGGAAGUUUGGGCGCCCGCCGCUGGUCCCUGUAUGGGCGCCUGUAUUUGCGUCACUUCAACGAGCUGAACCACGAGCUGCAUGGACGAUUAGGUCGUGGCUACAAACCCACGUCCAAAUACAUGAACUCCUUCACGUCACCGCUGUUGACUGUGCUGGCAAAGAACGUCACCUUCUUCUCAGGGUCAGUGUUGGCCGUUCUCAUUGCACUGACCGUUUAUGAUGAGGACGUGCUCACGGUGCAGCACAUUCUGACCGCCAUCACUGUGCUGGGAGUGGUUAUUACAAUUGCUAGGUCUUUCAUCCCGGACGAGCAUAUGGUGUGGUGCCCGGAGCAGCUUCUGCAGUGUGUGCUGGCACACAUUCACUACAUGCCAGACCACUGGAGGGGCAAUGCCAACAAGAGUGAGACCCGUGAUGAGGUGGCACAGCUGUUCCAGUACAAAGCGGUGUUCAUCCUGGAGGAGUUGCUCAGUCCUAUUGUCACACCAUUCAUUCUCAUCUUCCUCCUGAGAAACAAGUCUCUAGAAAUCAUUGACUUCUUCAGGAACUUUACUGUGGAGGUGGUUGGAGUUGGAGAUAUCUGCUCCUUUGCACAGAUGGACAUUAGGCGUCAUGGAAACCCAACAUGGAUGUCAGAAGGCCAGACAGAGGCGUCUGUAUACCAACAGGCUGAGAAUGGCAAGACAGAGUUGUCCCUUAUGCAUUUCACUAUAAAGAACCCACGCUGGCAGCCACCUCUGGAGAGCUCACUGUUCAUCAGCCACUUGAAGGGGAAGGUGCAGCACGAUGCUCAGGGUGGGCCCUCCACUCAGCUGCUACUUUCUGAGGCUCCUCUCUGCACAUCACUGCAGUCCAACGAGUCUGCCACUGGGCCUGAGAGUCUUUUAGCCAGUGUCCUGGCCCACCCCAUCCUUACUGCAUCUGGACUACAAGGGCGAGACCACCGCUUCAUCCCACCCAGCACUGCUGCUUCUGCUGCAGCCAGUGUCCUUGCCUCUUUGUCCACCUCCCAGCUUCCACACACCAGUCGUGGCCGCUCACAUGGUUUGCCGUCCUCCAGCCACCCUGAGACCACCAUGUAUCACAGCGAUCGCACAAUUCUUAACAGUGACUCUCACAUUCAGAGCAAUACGCUGCACUCAGAGUUUGCCUCUGCAGAGAUGAGUCUCCAUGCCAUCUACAUGCACGAGCUCCAUCAGCAAAGCUCUCACCCACAGAGGACAUCAGGACAGUGGAAUGCUUCAGUGCCAAUGAGAGAUCUGCACACAAACACCGGUUUUCAGGUUCAAAGUGGUCAUGGUUCCAGCAUUUCCAUGCCCAGCCCAGUUCACCUGGGUGGCUGGAAAGAAGAGGAUGAAAAUGAUCAGGAGCUCAACAGUGAAUCUACGCAAAAACAGGGCAUGGGGAGUACCGGUAGUUGUUAA